GGGGAGCUGCCCAUGCUCAGCAGCUGGCAGUUAGGCUUGCUGAGGGGCAGGCACAGGAGUCCUGGCUGAGCUCAUGGCCUGAGGCUGCCGAGAGCGGCAGCAGGGAGUGUUACAAUGGCGGAGGCAGAGGCACGGGUGGCAGUGGAGGUCCGUGGACUGCCUCCUGCUGUGCCCGACGAGCUGCUCACACUCUACUUUGAAAACCGCCGACGCUCUGGAGGGGGACCUGUGUUGAGCUGGCAGAGACUGGGCAGCGGGGGCAUCCUCACCUUCAGAGAGCCUGCAGACGCCGAGAGGGUCUUGGCCCAGGCAGAUCACAAACUACAUGGUGCCCAGCUGAGCCUGCAGCCAGCUCCACCACGAGCCCCUGCACGCCUGCUGCUCCAAGGACUGCCCCCUGGCACCACACCCCAGCGUCUGGAGCAGCAUGUCCAGGCCCUGCUGCGUGCCUCGGGGCUCCCAGUACAGCCCUGCUGUGCCUUGGCCAGCCCCCGGCCAGACCGGGCUCUGGUCCAGUUGCCCAAGCCCCUUUCUGAGGCAGAUGUCCGUGUCCUGGAGGAGCAGGCCCAGAAUCUGGGCCUGGAGGGGUCCUCGGUGUCCCUGGCCCGGGUGCCCCAGGCCCGAGCGGUGCGUGUGGUGGGGGACAGCGCCUCUGUGGACCUGCUGCUGCUGGAGCUGUACCUGGAGAAUGAGCGCCGCAGUGGUGGGGGGCCCCUGGAGGACCUGCGACGCCUGCCCAGGCCCCUGGGCACUGUUGCCUCCUUCCAGCAGUGGCAAGUGGCAGAACGAGUGUUGCAGCAGGAGCACCAGCUGCAGGGCUCAGAGCUGAGCCUUGUCCCCCACUACGACGUCCUGGAGCCUGAGGAGCUGGCUGAGAACACAAGUGAAGGGGACCACCCAUCCACCCUGGGGCCUAGGGCUACCAAACAUGCUUUCCUGAGGACUGGAGGGCUGGUGACGGCUCUGCAGGGUGCAGGGACUGUGACAACGGGCUCUGGCGAGGAACCAGGGCAGUCAGAGGCCUCUCUGAGGACAGGCCCCAUGGGGUCUCUGGGACAGGCAGAGCCGGUCGGCUCAAUGCCCAUGGGGUCUCUUGAACAUGAGGGGCUGGUAAGCCUGAGGCCUGUGGGGUUGCAGGAACAGGAGGGGCCCAUGAGCGUGGGGCCUGUGGGGUCUACAGGCCCAGUGGAGAUCUCUAAGGGGUUGCCGGGGCAGGAGGGCCUGGUGGAAAUUGCCAUGGACUCACCAGGACAAGAAGGGCUGGUGGGUCCCAUGGAGAUCGCCGUGGGGUCUCUGGAGAAGGCAGGGCCUGUGAGCCCAGGACGUGUGAAGCUGGCGGGGCAGGAGGGCCUGGCGGAGAUGGUGCUGUUGAUGGAGCCAGGGGCGAUGCGCUUCCUGCAGCUCUAUCACGAGGACCUUCUUGCGGGCCUGGGAGACAUCGCUCUCUUCCCACUUGAAGGACCCGAUGUGACUGGCUUUCGGCUCUGUGGAGGCCAGACUUCUUGCGAGGCGGCCGAGGAGUUUCUGCGGAGCCUGCUGGGCAGCAUUAGCUGCCAUGUGUUGCACCUGGAGCACCCGGGCAGCGCCAGGUUUCUCCUGGGCCCAGAAGGGCAGCGCCUUCUCCAGGGGCUGGAGGCUCAGUUCCAGUGUGUCUUUGGGACAGAGCGCCUGGCCACAGCCGCCUUGGACACGGGUCUUGAAGAGGUGGACCCUACCGAGGCCCUCCCAGUGCUCCCUGGUGAUGCCCACACCCUGUGGCCCCCAGACGGUACAAGUGGUGGCCAGGAGGACGUGAGCCUGGAGGAGGUCCGAGAACUGCUGGCUACCCUGGAGGGCUUAGACCUAGACGGGGAGGACUGGCUGCCUCUGGAGCUGGAGGAGGAAGGGCCUCAGGAGCAGCCAGAGGAGGAGGCGACCCCAGGGCAUGAGGAGGAGGAGCCUGUGGCCCCCAGGUGGCUGGAGGAGGAGGCCGCUCUGCAGCUGGCCCUCCACCGGUCGCUGGAGCCUCAAGGUCAGGUGGCUGAGCAGGAGGAGUCUGCUGCCCUGCGCCAAGCCCUAGCCCUCUCCCUGCUGGAGCAGCCCCCGUUGGAGGCAGAAGAGUCCCCAGAUGGGGGGACUGAGGGCAAGGCCCAGCUGGUGGUGCACUCGACCUUUGAGCAGGAUGUGGAGGAGCUGGACCGGGCGCUCAGGGCUGCCUUGGAGGUCCACCUCCAGGAGGAGACGGUGGGGCCCUGGCGCCGCACACUGCCCGCAGAGCUGCGUGCUCGCCUGGAGCGGCACCAUGGUGUGACUGUUGCCCUGCGCGGUGACUGCACCAUCAUCCGUGGCUUCGGGGCCCACCCUGCCCGUGCUGCCCGCCACUUGGUGGCACUUCUGGCUGGCCCCUGGGAUCAGCGUUUGGCCUUUCCCUUGGCAGCUUCAGGCCCUACCUUGGCGGAGCAGACGCUGAAGGGGCCCUGGAACAAGCUGGAGCAUCUUGCAGAGAGCACCGGGGAAUUCCGAGAGGUGGUGCAGGCCUUCUACGACACCCUGGACGCUGCCCACAGCAGCAUCCGCAUCGUUCGCGUGGAGCGGGUGUCGCACCCGCUGCUGCAGCAGCAGUAUGAGCUGUACCGGGAGCGCCUGCUGCAGCGAUGCGAGCGGCGCCCGGUGGAGCAGGUGCUGUACCAUGGCACGACAGCGCCGGCAGUGCCUGACAUCUGCGCCCACGGCUUCAACCGCAGCUUCUGCGGCCGCAACGCCACCGUCUACGGGAAGGGCGUGUAUUUCGCCAGGCGCGCCUCCCUGUCGGUGCAGGACCGCUACUCGCCCCCCAACGCCGAUGGCCACAAGGCGGUGUUCGUGGCACGAGUGCUGACUGGCGACUACGGGCAGGGCCGCCGCGGUCUGCGGGCGCCCCCUCUGCGGGGCCCAGGCCACGUGCUCCUGCGCUACGACAGCGCGGUGGACUGCAUCUGCCAGCCCAGCAUCUUCGUCAUCUUCCACGACACCCAGGCGCUGCCCACCCACCUCAUCACCUGCGAGCACAUGCCCCGGGCUUCCCCCGACGACCCCUCUGGGCUCCGGGGCCGCUCCCCAGACACUUAACCGAAGGGGCCACCCUCUGGCCUCCUGCUUCCCAGGCUCCCGGCUCCGCACAGCCUGAUGCCCCCGCCUCCAACUGUGGCCGCCUGAGCUGCGGGAUCCAGAAGGCGGUGUGGAGUUGGGGGUCAGCAGCGGCCGAGGGGGGCUGGGCUGGGUCCCCGCCUGGGCCGACCCCACCACCAGGGGUCAGCAGAGCCCAGGAGGCGACGCCGCCCGCCCGCCCGCCCAGACCUCGCCUGAAUCGGCUCCGUUGUUUGAAUAAACGUGAACGUGAACCCAAGCGGAAGGGCCCCGGGAACUC